AUGGGCAUCACUGCAUUCAGCGAGAUCAGCUUCUCCGAACAGGGUCAGCUGGAGGAAGUGGGUAUCGGCUACACCAUCCUCUGGAACGACAACGUGGGACGACCGCCCUCUGGCGCAGGGUAUCAACGACUAUCUCAUGAUCCCGAGGCUGCAUUUACGGGGAGCCAACUUCGUCACUGUUGCCGGCGCGGACGUCCCCCCAAUGACCAACUCCGAUCACGUGAGGAAUAA